AUGAAGGCCUCCCUCUGGACCUAUAGCUACUUGCUCUUCUGGACCGGCGUCGUCGAGGCCCGGUCCGCAUGUCGCUAUCUCCCCGGGGACGCAGAAUGGCCGUCGGACAGCGCCUGGGCGCGACUCAAUCGGACGGUCAACAAUCGGUUGAUUGCGACGGUGCCUCUGGGGUCUCCGUGUCAUGAUGAGGCCGUCGACGCCGCGCGAUGUGACGAAUUGAAGGAACAAUGGGUAUAUCCACAGCUACACGUGGAGGACCCGUCGUCCAUCGUGGCCCCGUAUUUCCAGAACCAGAGCUGCGAUCCGUUCACGUCGCCGUCCAGCCCGUGUCGGAUUGGGAACUACGUCGAGUAUGCCAUCAACGUGUCGACGGCGGCGGACGUAGCGGCCGGGCUGGUAUUUGCGCAGAAAUGGAAUAUUCGCCUGGUGAUAAAGAAUACCGGGCAUGACCUCCUCGGCCGUUCGACCGGCAAAGGCGCCUUAGGGCUUUGGAUGCACAACCUGCGCUCGCUCUUGCUCUCCAACUACCGCAGCUCGCACUACACGGGCAAAACCAUCACUAUGGGCGCCGGCGUGCAAGCCUUCGAAGCGUACGCUUUCGCGGCGCAGCACCACUUGCGCGUCGUCGGAGGCACCUGCUCGACCGUCGGGCUGAGCGGUGGCUAUACGCAAGGCGGCGGACAUUCGAUGCUAUCGACGCAAUACGGCCUGGGCGCCGACCAGGUGCUGGAAUGGGAGGUGGUGCUGGCCAACGGAUCGCACGUUCGCGCCUCGCCUGCCUCGCAUCCCGAUCUUUACUGGGCCCUGUCCGGCGGCGGCGGCGGUACCUUCGCCGUAGUACUCUCUAUGACCGUCAAAGCCCACGUCGACACGCCCGUUACUGGCGCCAGCCUAACCGUUAGCCAGAAGUCGAGCUCGCCCGACGCCGCCGACCAGUUCUGGCACGCCGUCGACGCCUUCCACGCCGCCAUGCCCUCCUGGAUCGACGCCGGCGCCGCCACCGGCUACUAUCUCGUCGACGGCGCGCUGUCGCUGAUUCCCGCGACGUUUCCCAACCGUACCGCGGCCGAGGCUGAGGCGUUGAUGAAGCCCUUCCUGCAGCGGCUGGACGCUCUCGACGCGCUCGCCAUUUCCUUUAACGUGUCCUCGUUCCCCGGCUAUCUCCCCUUCUUCGAUCACUACUUCGGCCCUCUGCCGUACGGCGCGUACACGUCGGCGCAAGUGCAAGGUGGGAGGCUCGUGCCUCGCGCGGUGCUCACGUCGCCCGAGUCUAACGCGGCGCUCACGACGGCCCUACGCACCGUCACGUCGCACGGGGCCUUCCAUGUCGUCGGGGUCGGCCUGGACGUGUCGAACGCUGCCGCCCCGUCUAACGCGGUGCACCCGGGCUGGCGCAAGGCGGCCACCACGCUGGUAGUCGCGGCGAACUGGGACUACGAGCGGCCGUUCGCGGAUAACGCGGCGCACGAGACGCUUAUUACGGAGCAGUUCGAUCCGCUGCUGCAGGAGAUCACGGGGCCAGAGAGCGGCGCGUACAUGAACGAAGGCGACUUCCGGCAGGGGGACUUCCGGCGGCAGUUCUUCGGCGACAACUACGGGCCUCUGCGCGCGAUCAAGCGGCGGUAUGAUCCGCGGGAGGUGUUCUACGGGACGGCAAUGGUGGGGAGCGACGGGUGGAGGGUUGAGAGGGACGGAAGGUUGUGCAGGGUUUAG